AGGUACCUCACGGCCUGUGUCGUGUAGAUCGUCCGCAGAACCUCAGCGUGUGUGUGCAAAGAUGAAGGCAGCCCUGCUCGUAACGUUGGCCGUGGUGGCGGCCGCCAGUGCCGAAUGGAUCGACAUCGACUGGUCGCGAGUGAAGCCGAUCGACCAGUUCGAUCACUACUGGCAGCGUCUGCCGGCGGAGCUGCAGUUCCUGCGCCACGCGCGGCCCUCGCAGCGCAUCGUCAACGGGCAGGAGGCGGUGCCCGGCCAGUUCCCGUACCAGAUUGCGCUGCUGAGCAACUUUGCUGCGGGCGGCGGCUUGUGCGGUGGCACCAUCAUCACGAACACCUUCAUCCUGACGGCCGCUCACUGCGUGGUGGAUGGGGCCGGUGCUCUCGCCACUGAUGGUACGGCCAUCCUGGGCGCCCACAACCGGACCGCCACCGAACCGACCCAACAGCGCAUCGGCUUCGUGCGCGACGGUGUGUUUGUGCAUCCGAGCUACAGUGCGACGCUGAUCCGGAACGACAUUGCGACGGUGCGCCUGAACUCGCCCGCCGUCUUUAACGAGCGCGUGCAGCCGAUCGAGCUGCCGGCCCGGUCGGACAGCCGCACGUUCGCUGGCAUGAUUGGAACCGCUUCCGGGUUUGGGCGCACGUCGGAUGCGCUGCCGGGCGCGUCGGAUGUGGUCAUGUACACGAGCAACCCGGUCAUGACGAAUGCGGCCUGUGUCAGCGCCUGGAACAUCAUCCUCGUGUCGGACCAGAACGUGUGCCUGGAUGCUACUGGUGGCCGGUCGGUGUGCAACGGUGACUCCGGCGGACCGCUGACCGUGCAGGACGGGGGCGAAAGUCUGGAGAUCGGUAUCGCUUCGUUCGUGUCGGCGCAGGGUUGCGCCUCGGGCAUACCGUCCGUGUGGGUGCGCAUCUCCUUCUAUCGCGAUUUUAUCGAGCAGAACUCGGACUACGUGUUCCGUGCGUAAAUCCGGGAAGGACGCUGCCAAGUCCGUUUCGUUGUAAAUACAGUAGGAAUAAAAAU